CUCUCCAUUCUUGCGUCCUGGUUGGUUUCCUUCUCCUCCUGAACGAAAUCGUUUCUCUGCUUCGUCUUCUUCUUCUUCUUCUUCUUCUUCUUCUUCACUCUCGGCAAUAAAAGUUCAGUCUUUGACUUCCACCCCAUAUGUUUCCAUCCCUGCCUCCUCUUUAGCACUAGACUCUCUCUCUCUCUCUCUCUCUCUGUGGAAAUGGACGCUGUGAAAGACAGCGUCGGAGACUCUCAGCGGGGGGAGGGGUCGCCUCCGGCUCCGAUGAAUGACCCCAGCAACGGCACGCCGCCGCCGCCGUUCCUAAGCAAGACGUACGAUAUUGUGGACGACCCGGCGACGGACGCGGUCGUGUCGUGGGGACCCGACAACAACAGCUUCGUGGUGUGGAACCCGCCCGAGUUCGCCCGAGAACUUCUGCCCAAGUUCUUUAAGCACAACAACUUCUCCAGCUUCGUCAGGCAGCUCAACACUUACGGUUUCAGAAAAGUCGAUCCAGAUCGGUGGGAGUUUGCCAAUGAGGGCUUUCUGAGGGGUCAGAAACACCUGCUUAGGAGUAUAAAUAGACGAAAACCUGCUCAUGGACACGUUCAUCAGCUGACACAGCAACUACAUUGUAAAUCAGCCAGUGCUUGUGUGGAGGUUGGAAAGUUCGGGCUUGAGGAAGAGGUUGAGAGGCUCAAAAGAGACAAGAAUGUGCUUAUGCUGGAGAUUGUAAGGUUGAGGCAACAACAGCAGGCUACCGAGAAGCAAUUACAAGCGACGGUCAAACUUCUUCACAGGAUGGAGCUGCGGCAGCAGCAGAUGAUGUCAUUCCUGGCAAAGGCAGUUCAGAGCCCUGCAUUAAUGGUUCAGUUUGUACAACAGCAGAAUGAGAACAACAGGCGAAUAACUGAAGGCAACAAAAAGCGAAGGCUUAAGCAGGAUGAUGUGUCUGAGAAUGAGGAUACCGUUGCUUCGGAUGGGCAGAUUGUUAGAUGUCACCCUCCAAUGAAUGAGGCAUCUAAGGUUAUGCUGCGGCAGAUCAUGGGACUGGAUGCUUCUCCUCAUGGAGAAUCUUGUGAUGCAACGUCAGACAGUUUCCCGAUCAGUGAUGGAUUAUCUUUAUCUAACAGCAGAAGUUCUUCGAGUCACGUAUCUGGAGCAGCUCUGCAGGAGGUGCCACAGACUUCGGAGCAUUUAUCAUAUAUGCCUAUAGCAUCGGGUGUCUCGGGUAACAGGCCCUCAGCCAUCACAACUGAAGUGCAAAAAUCCCCUGAAACUGGCCGAUCUCAAAGGGCGACUCUAGGUGAGAUUCCUGCUGUGAGUUUGCCUGGUGGAACAGGAGAUUGUCAGGCUGCCUUAAUUGGCAAGGAAGAUGUGAUUUUGCCUGAGCUCUCUCCAUUGCCAGAUAUGAUGCAAGAUGGGAUUCCAGAUACUGCUGGUGAGGGUGAAGCGGAAACUGAUUCAGGAACCGGUGCUUUCUUGGAUCCCGAUUCAUUCAAUGCAUCAAUAUCGGUAGAUAUUGGCGAUCUCUCUCCUGAUCCUGAUAUUGAUGCUUUGCUGGAGAAUUCUUCCCUUUGGGACGAUCUUCUCGUACAAAGCCCAGUGCUUGGGAAGAUUGAAUCAACUUUAAUAGAAGGUAACUCAACAGACGAGGAUAUGCAGCCAGUGGAAAAUGGAUGGGACAAAGCUCAGCAUAUGGAUGAGCUCACACAACAAAUGUGCCAUCUGACAUCUGAUAACAAAUGGGAAUGAUCUCGAUUGGGAUUUUUAGAGUGGCUCUCCCGUUGUCCAAGAUUAGGUUCUAAAACAAAGCAAGAAGAUAAGCAUUCGUGUUUCUCUUUUUGGGCAGUUUUUAGCACUCGUCAAAUCAUCCCUUUCAUAUCUGUUAUUGCUUCCCCUUUGUCAGUUAGAAUAAUCAGUGCCGGUUCGGUGGCGGACAUACGCAUACUUUGGGCUUCUUCCUGGUGCCCUCUCGUCUGGAGAUGUGAUUUAAAGUGGCUCUGUGAUUUCGAAGGAUGGUGACCGUUUUCAUAUGAUAGUUACAGAUAAGCUUUUGAUUAACAAGUAACUGACUUGUGUUGGAUUUAGUUUCUGGAGGUUUUUUCUU